AGUAAAUCCAGAGCCCGGCCUGACAGAAGUGAAUAGCAACAGCAACAGCAGCGGCAGUAGCAACAGCUGACGCUAGCUGGCGUUUUCAUCAGGAACCAUCGCGCAAAUGUUUUUGUGAAGCCGGUCCCCGCUGAGCCGAAGUUUCCAGAGUCCUCCUGGUGUCGGUGACAAUGACGCCGAGAUGACUCACCAGCGGCCUGGACAUCUGUGAUUUGACAGAAGAUGAGACUUGCUCAGAUUGUCAGACUUAAUGUUGUUUGUAAUGACUCUUAAUGUAGGCACACAAGCCACACAGACAAAACACUAUAGUGAACCAUGUUUGCUCCUUUUUGCACAUAACGCUUACCAAAAACACUAACUAGAUAAAUGAGCAUUUAGUUUGUUUUGAAUGGCCCUCAGUUGAUACCCAUUGCCGAUGAUGUCACUGGGCGAGCAGUCUCAGAAGUGGUUUCCAACCCACGUGCAAGCCACUGUUCUACAAGCAACCGAUUUACAGCCCAAGGGCAAAAAUGGCACCAAUGAUGCCUACACUAUCAUCCAGCUGGGCAAAGAGAAGUACUCGACGUCUGUGGCAGAGAAGACCCUCAGCCCUGUCUGGAGAGAGGAAGCCUCGUUUGAAUUACCCGGUUUACUUUUGGAGGGCAACCCUGAAGUGUAUGAACUUUGCCUUAUCGUGAUGCAUCGGUCCUUGGUUGGGAUGGACAAGUUCCUGGGUCAGAGGUCCAUCAACCUUAAUGGGAUCUUUGAUAACAAGCAACGGAAGAAAACUGAUUGGUACUCUUUGCAGUCCAAGCCGGGCAAGAAGAGGAAAGAGCGAGGACGCAUCCAAGUAAGCAUCCAGUUCAUGAGGAACAACAUGACGGCCAGCAUGUUCGACCUCUCCAUGAAGGAGAAGCCCCGUUCGCCCUUUUCCAAGCUCAAGGACAAAAUGAAGGGGCGCAAACACGACGGCGGCUUCAGCGACACGUCUUCGGCCACCCUGCCGCGCUCCGCCGCGUGCGACCCGGAGCUCGGCCAACAGUCCGCUGGCCCGGAGCCACAACCCCGGGCCGAAGCAAAGGCCAAGAGGCCGCUGCUCGCCGGGUCUCACAAACUCUCCGCGGCCCAUUCCAUGUCGGACCUCAUUGGGACCAACUCCAGGUCCAAGCUGGAUUCAAUGAACUCCAUCGAAGAGAGUGGCGGCCCUCACAGGCGUUCCCAGAGCGAGGUGCCAGGCUACCAGGAGGGAGAGGCACACAGUGACCCUUUCACUGAUAUCAGUGACACCCUGCCACAGAAGUAUGCCACGCUCCCACGCAACCGCAACCCGUUUGAGGGGGAGCCCGGGCAGCUGUGGGACCGGGCGGAGCGGAAGGAGAAAAAGGAGAAGGUCAGCCUACUGGAACGCGUGACGGGAAAGAAGGAAGGUCGCAAGACCAACAACGCCGGGCGCUCGGGCAGCUCUGGGGACCUGCGCAGCCCCAACCCCUUCAGUGGAGACCUGCAGGCAGACACCAACCCGUUCGUCUCCCACCACGGAGCCGGUGAUAAAAAGUCCAAAGGAAAUCAAGACGUCACGUUUGGCCAGAAGAAGGAUGUCUAUGGCAGGAAACAGGGGGCGAAGCAGGAGAGCGUUCUCGCCUACAGCAACCUGUCCUUCGACGAAGUUGUGCAGGAGCUCAUCAAGCAGAAGGAAGUGGUGAGGAAGAAGGACGCCCACAUCAGGGAGCUGGAGGACUACAUCGACAACCUCCUGGUGCGCGUCAUGGAGGAGACGCCCAGCAUUCUACGGACACCCUAUGAGCCGAAAAAGAAGGCGGGCAAACUGAACAAAAAGUAGAAGGACAGGACGCUGGAUGAAGACGUUACUAGUGAAGGUUUGGCAGUAACUGCUCCAACAUGUAGUGGUCUUAUCAGUGGGAUCGAUCAAAGCUAAUUUAAUGGUUCAUGUCUUUGAUUUACAACAUUUCUAUCCAACGGAUGUCAUUUUUUAUACAUUUUUUUUGGCGUUGGGUAUGGGCAGGUAUUGUGCUGUUUUUUUUUGGGGGGGGGGGGUUGUUGCCAUUGUCAGCUGGAGCAAAAUUCAUAUUUCAAUUUACAUCAAAUCCCAAAUGAUGACAUGUUUAACUGUAUGGUUUACGUUUGUGAACACGCAGCAGCCACCGCCGGCUCUUACCAAUAAUAUGCAGCAAGUCAGUCCCUGAGUCCUGUUUACCAGACGGAGUCAUCGUGAAACACGCUCGCUGUGUUUACAGUCCAGCACAAUCUUCAAACUUGCCACCUACGUUAGGAAACAUCUUCUGCGCUACAGAUGUGGACCACCUCUGCCCAGCGAACGGUGGGCACUGUUAGAGAGACCAUGACAGAGCUGCUGCAGGCGCUAUGUGGCACUCAGGUUUCUUUCUAGUUUACUACGUGAUACCUUUUUACUUCUUUUUUUCUUUUUUUUUUUAAUGAACAAACAUGACUUUCUAACUUUUUGUUAUUUGCUUUAUCUGUGAUGACUAUCAUUGAUAUGUUGGACCGAGGGGCUGAAGGUGAUCAUUUUAAUGACUUUUUAAGUGCAAUAAUCUUGCUUUAUAUUCUCUUCCUGUUUACAUUCUCAAUCACAUCUGAGUCAAACUCAUCUUUGUAAUGUUGAUUUGAUUCACUGGAAAAAAGCCCUGGAGUUGAUCGGCCUUCAUUUUCGUCAAAUCAAGUGGGGUUUUUUUCUGGUGAUUGUACUAAUGGUACCUAGCUGCACAUGUAGAUAUAUGCUGAACAAUCUUUAUUUAUUUAUGUGACAAAAGAACACUUGUUGAAUGCAUUUUUAAGGUACUUUCAGGGUAAAAGUGCUAGUUUAUCCCAUUACCCAGCACCCUAUUUUCUGUAUUAUCACGGUACAAUUGGUACACAUCACAGAAAUGUUUUUCAUUCAGAAGUAUUGAUGUUGUACGGAGAAUUUUUAUAUGUAAUUACCAUCAGCAUUAAUAUCUGUUCACACAAAGUAGUUGUCUACUGUGCAUUUGACACUGUGUAUUUCAUCUUCCAUCAUUCAUAUACAGUAAGGUAUCAUCAGCUCAUGGUGGUUGGAGCCAAAGAGUCAUUCAGGUCCCAAAUGUAUGUUAGACGGCUGAUUGUCACCCAUCAGGGACGCUCAUGUCCUAGCAAAGGUUGUCCGACUCCUUGAUUCUGUGAAUUGCACGGAAUAAAUCCAGAAGCGAGCCUGGAUCUCACUGCUGGUACCAACACGGACUAAAGGACCAGGCUGACUCCCCUGUGCUUACAGCGAGAUGUAGAAGGUAGAAGAAUCACUUGUUGUCGUUUUAGGUUUACAUUUUUAAUAGUGUGUGGUCCUUUUUAGUGGUACCUAGCUUGCUCUACAGUGUUAAAACACUUUUGUAUUAUUGUAUCUUUUACUCAAAUGCCAUUUUUAAGGGUCUGUUUAUCAGAGAACGGUCCACUCUGUCCUUUUGCUGGGAUUGCUUCUGGUAUUUGCAUCCAGUCUUUUACAAUAUUUGACCUUGAAACUGUAUGAUACCAAAUCCCAGAGUGCUACACUGAACUAUAGAAUGUCAACAGGCCAAAACACUUGUAGAUUUAGUUUUCUCCUCAUGUAUACAUGUACUUCUGCUGCUGCUGUUAAAGUAGUUACUUAAUCCGAAGGGACUUGACACUCAAAUCUCUUGUUACUGAAUGUAUUCUGGUUGGCUUUCAAAUACAUAAUUCUCCAAUGUUGAAUAAUGUACAGUACACUGACAAGGCCGUUGAACCUUGCUUGCCUUUUGAAGUUUUUGGUGUAUCCAAAGAGAUCAUUUCAUUUGGCUGUAAAUCUCCCCCCUCCCUUCUCAGUCUGAUAAAACCCCCAUGUCUUUGUGGACUAGAAGACCUUGUCGGCUUCAACUGUUUUGCACGGGGAUGUGACCCAGAUGUUGGGUCAAUUCCCUCGUAUUGGAGAACAGAUAUUUGAUAGCUGAUGUUUUGUAAAGCCAAACACAUUUGAAUGGGCCCAUAAAGUUGUGCGAUACUAAUUAA